UCGCCUGCAGCACCCAGAAGUGAACAGCAGGCGACCCGGAAGGUUUGAAGUCCGACUGGGAACGAGCAGAAAGAGGAGUCGGAUCCUUUAUUAAACAUUUCUUCCCCUCUCGCUGGCGCAGGAUGGCUGAAUCCCGCUUUAACAAUCCCUACUUUUGGCCCCCCCCCCCUGCCAUGCCUGGCCAGGUGAGUGAAUCCGGUGUCCACACUUGUAUCGGAAUGAAUCAUCUUAAAACCUCACUCAUUUUCACUGAAGGGUUUUUUUCUAAAAGCAUUUGCUGAAAGCAUUUGUCAGCCUUUUAGAUUAUUUACAGACCAGAGGAGAAAACUGGCGUGCGCUUUUCUUUACUUUAAUGAAUAAAGAUCUGCUUCAAUCUGACGGUUGAAUUAAUAUAACAUGGUGUAUUAUUGGUAUAUUGCAAACUCUGCUCUCUAUUUGAUUGUAUAUUUCAGGCUAGGUUUGAUUUGCUCAAUUUGCUCUCUUUCUUGACAAAAUACACUUUGACUUGUGAAUUGAGUUGACUUGUGUUGUGAAUCUUUCCUUUACGAAUAAAACAGAAUUAAGAUUUUUCCCCAAACUGGAUAGGACAUUUAAUUUGCAUUAACAGAAUGUUAAACUUGGGAACGUAGAUGUUCCCGUGAGCUCAGACCAGCGAGUGACCGAGCUUGUCUUAGCAUAGAGUCUGGAAACGGGUAGAAACGAGCCUGUGUACGUCUGGAAAAAAAAAAAACAUAAUAGAAAAGAUUUAACACAUUAAACCUGUUUAUUCAUUUCCGUAAUACAGUAUUUAUAGAGACAAUGACAAAUGACAAGUUAUGGCUUAUUACAAUUGAAAACAUUCCUUUUAAUGGUAGUACAUGCUGCUUUGAAAUAAGUUUGUCUCCUAAAAGUUGGAACAGGGGUUCAUUUAACAGUAAAUGGUAAAUGAACAAUGGUAAAUGAGUAAAUGGACAAAAUCAGACCAACAUGAAUGGCAAACAGUUCAGCUUUUGACAAAAGGAUGAAGCUAAGAGCACUGUCGAUUUAGCUGAACGCUUUUGUGCAGGGGCAUGUGUUAUUUAACCAUAUUGGCUUGAUUCAAACGAACAUUUAACUUUUAAAAGUUCAGUUUAGACAAAGAUUAUAAAUAAUUUCUCAACGUACAGAAAAUGAGCUGAUUUGAGUUCAUUUGCCUUUUUUAUCAUCUCUGGAAAUACUUGUAUAUCCUAAAAGUGCCAUGUCGUGUAUUGUAGGCUGGUUUGUCCAGCACCCAGACCCUUUUACCAAAGUGUUGUUUGCUGUAAUACACACAGAUGUUCCACUCAUACAAAACAUGUCUUUCAUCAUUAAUUAAUUUAGUUUCCAGAGAGAUGAAAGAUCCCUGUAAAGAUAGAAAGUGGAUUAACGUGUCAUUGAGGCCUUGGCACAAAGUGCAUAUGGCUGUGAAGUCCACUGCUGUUCGUAGCCUGUUUGCAGCAAGUGCUGCUUAAAGAUUAAGUGAAAUUUUAUACUGGACAUAUCCUACAUUGCACCGUGACAAGCAGUGAAAAAUUUAUGGUCAAUAACCCAGAAAAUCUAUCCCACAAUGCACCGUGGAAAGAUAAAUGUCCAAAAUCUCAUCUGCAGUCAGCACCCAUGAUCCCCCCCAGACAUCACAGCCUGGAUACAUUUCUAGGAGAAAGUCCGGCCGAUGGUGUUGUUUCUAGCAACAGGAUAUGCAAAAGCAUCAUAUGAAAUGUUAUACUUUUUAAGGGAUAAGUUGAGAAACUGUCAGAACAAAACACAGAUGUGUCUUAAGAUUUUGAUGGUGUUUUAAAUUGUGCAACAGCGGUGACAUCAGUUAAAACAAAGAUAGAUUUACCUGAUGAUGUCCAGAAGAGUUCCUUCUUUAUGACUAAAUAUCACCCAGUUUGCAUUCUGACGAUCAGUAAAACUUAAUGGAUGAGACAAUUAUUUUGUGUGUUUCUCAAAAUUACACUGGAUACACAUGGGCAUGUCUGCUGCCUCCUUCUGGAUCCAAAAUGAACUAUAUUUAGGCACUUGGACAUUUGUAGAUGUGAUGAAUAAGCUUAAGCUUUGCUGACAGUGUCUGGGAACGGCCAUUAGAGGGAGGCAUUGCAUCACAAAGUGACUGAACUGACGGCGGCUGUUUUUCUGUUACUAAUGCUGUUUUCUGGCUGUCAGCUGGAUAACCUAGUAUUGAUCAAUAAAAUCAAGGAGCAGCUGAUGGCGGAGAAGAUCCGGCCGCCUCAUCUCUCUGCGGCCUCGGCCGCCUCCCAGCAGCCUCUGCCGGCUCCUCCGGGCCAGGCUGAGGGCGGCCAGCACGGGAUGUCCAAAACGCAGCAGAUUCCGGGCCUCCACAGUGGCGGCUCCUCUCAGCCUGACAUCGCGCUGCACGCCCGCCCAGCGUCCAGCUCAGUCACAGGUGUGGCACUGGCAUCCAGAACCGGAAACCUCAACACCUCAGAGAUAAUCACAUCCCCGACGUCCACAUCAAGCAGCCACAGUCGGCUCGGUGGAGCACCCCCCCACCACCUCCUCUCAGGGUUAGCCGGCGGCCACAGGAUAGAGCCUGGGAAAAGCAACGGGGGACUUUUGGGACUGCUAGGGCCUCCGCCAAAGGACGAACGAGGACGCAAAAAGAUCAAGGCGGAGAAUGGCUCGUCUCUUUUGGUCGUCCCCUACCCGAUCCUCGCCUCAGGCAACGAGCAGUCCUGCGUCACUAUUUCUGCAAAGGAAGGAAAAACCUACAGGUGUAAAGUUUGUCCGCUGACCUUCUUCUCCAAGUCAGACAUGCAGAUUCACUCCAAAACGCACACAGAGGCGAAGGCUCACAAGUGUUCCCACUGCACAAAGACCUUUACCAACGUAUCCUACCUUGCCCAGCACCUGCGCAUCCAUUUGGGCGUCAAACCGUACCGCUGCUCCUACUGCGAGAAGUGCUUUCGCCAGCUCUCCCACCUGCAGCAACACACAAGGUCUGAGCUGUCCGCUGCCUAUUCUCACCAGAGGCAGCACAACAAAGACAAGCCUUUCAAAUGCUCCAACUGUUACCGUGCCUACUCAGACUCUGCGUCGCUGCAGAUCCACAUGUCAGCACACGCCAUCAAAAACGCAAAGGCCUACUGCUGCACCAUGUGCGGCAGGGCGUACACCUCAGAGACGUAUCUCAUGAAGCACAUGUCCAAGCACGCCAUGGUGGAACAUGUGAUGCCCCAUCUUUCACCCCACAGGACAGAGUCUCCAAACAUUCCUAUACGGAUCUCCCUUAUCUGAUCUCCUCAGCCAUCCCCUGCCCUCCCAUCACAGACUCUUCUUGUGAUACGCCACUCUGCUCCUCUAAGGACCAGGCGACCGGAGAAAGCAGGCUCUGAAAAAUGUGCCAGUAUUUCGAGAAGAGGUGCUCCUCUGAAGAGUGCGUCCCCUUCCUUUUCUUUCAGACCAGAUAGUAUUAAAAGGGACAUCCAAAGAUGAUUUCUCAGCACUUUCAGGCCUGAGACUGACAGGUCAAUUUUUUUUUUUCUAUGAGACUUGACAGGAAAAGAAAGCAUCGCUCCAGGCAGCUACAUAACAAAUCUGUCUUUUUCAGUUUUUCAUUUUGCAGAUUAAUUUGUCUUUUUAUACGCUCCUUUCUUUUCCUCCAUGAAGUGUUUGCAGAAAAAUAUAUUUGCAUCUGAAACAAUAGUCUUCCAUUAGCCAACUUAACGUAAACGUGUAUGGUUGUGUAUUGUGUCCCCUCUCCUGUUUGUGUUUACAAGGUUUUAAUCAAACACACAGCUCUAACACGCACAUUUACGAAUUUUACAUUCUUUUUUGCAGUAAUUGUAAACAUCCAACCUUACCUCAAAAUCUUAUAGAUGUGCUUUUUUUUAAUAUGCAAAUAAAUUGGGGGCCAUUGUCUUUUACAACAGAACAACUCCUUGUGACUGUGCCUACAGGUAAAGGCUCUGAACUUUAAGUCCUCAUGCAAAAGCUUGUUUAUAAUUUAUUUAACAUGAUGUCAAGGGAUGCAAGAAUUAGGUAGAAACAACUUUUCAUGGGGGUUUUGCGUACCUGUUGGUUUCUGACCUUUUUAGCCUGGAUAAUGUCCACAAAAAGAUAAACCUAAGUUUGAGAGUGUCUUAGACAGUCAAUUAUGAGCAAUGGUUGAAAAGGUAAUGAUGUUAGUACUUUUUAACACUGGUUACCCCCCCAAAAAACUACAAUGAUGGAUGUUUAUUCUUUCCAGGCUCCAUUGCCCGCACACGAUAGGAAAAUCAAGCACUUUGGAUCUUCGAAAAUUGAAGACUUUGGGUCUUGUCCUUUCAGAAAUCAAUGGCGUACUUUUAGUCUUUUUAAUGAAUGAUGCUCCCACGUGUUGACUGCUAAAGUUUGUAGUGAUUUUGCUCAACUAAAACAUUUGAAAGUCAAUGUUAUUUUUCAUUAUUCUUUUUUUUUCCUGAUACGUCUCCUUUGCAGUUGAAAUUAGUGCAGUUAGUUUCUGCAUGUAGUAUGUGCAUUUUAAACCUGACAGGUGUGCGAUUUCCCUGCUGAUCGUGUGAAAACACUUUGGUAAAUUAACCCAUUCUUCUCUCUGACUUUGUCUGGACCAGUUCUCAGGUGUUUGACAUCUACACCGCACAUCGUUUUUUUCACUUUACAGUGGAAAUCUUGACAUUCAUAAGCAUUCCAAUCCUUUUUUUUUCUGAAGGCUUUUGUCCCCUGCUGUGAUGAUGCCGCAACCAGAUAAAAGACAUGUCAGAGUUCAAAAACAAAUGUCUCCCUCUGCAAUCUGUAGCUGCUGUAAUCUAAUGUCUUAGUACCAAACCCACAGUACCUGAUUGAAUCUUUAUGGAUAUGCAGGUGUGAUAACUAUAAAAAGUCAGCUGUACGUGUAAUGACUUUUAGUAUUUCUGCUUUAUUCAUCAGUAUUGCUUCGAGUUUCCGGCUCUAGUUUGUUCGGAAGUGUUGGUAAAUCAACAAUUUCUAAUGGGGGGGACUUGAUUUCCACUACUGUGUUCCACUCUACUAUGGUGAGGGCAACUUCUGAGGCAUUACUGUCACUUUUUAAAGAGCUAUGUGAUAGGAAGAGUGAGAGUUCCCCACAAAAACACUCCAAACAACGAUCAAACCGCUGAAUACUAACCAGGACAAUGAACAUCAAUUUAUGGAUUUGCGUGUUGUAGUGUUACUGGUCAAUCAGUCUGUUAUUUUUAAAGAACAAUGAUAAGGAAUAUGAAACAGACCAAAUGGACCAAAAGAAAUGUGCCUAAUUUCCUGUUUCUGAAAAGUAGGCCCAUUUCUGAGUGCCCCCACCAAGCCUCAGAUAUCUUGCAUUAUGUUACACCGGCCGAUUUUGUGACAUCCGUUUAGUUUAUAUCAACUAUUACAAUUGUGUCACCAUGGGUGCUGAUGAGUUCAGACUGCAAAUUCAUCUGUUUUUGUUAACAAUAUGUUGAGUGAUUACACAAACAGUAAUCAAGGUUUCCCUUAUAAGUCAUUUGAAUGGAGACAGAGAUUUCAAAAGACGUCAUCACAACAAUGCAUUUAUUUUAUGCAUUUCAAUUGCAGAUGUAUUGUUUAGUGAAAGCAU